CGCUUGGGGGGGGGGGGGGGGGGUGAUUCUUCCGUGUUUAGCUCUAUCUUUGAUGCUCCGGUUCUGAAUCACGACUGUGUCUUCUUCAAACUUCAAGUCUUGCAUCGUGCCCGUCUUCCGUCUUACAUCUUAUAUCUUGUGUUUUCUUCCUGCCACCAUGAGUCUUUUCGUCCAUCGUGUAUCUCAUCGGCCUUCUGUCUCAUGUCUUGCUCAGCUUCAAUUUUUCUCCUCGACUUCCUUCUCCUCGACUUCCUCCGCGCCACUUGCAUUGUCUAUUUUUCUCCCGUCGGUUUCUUGCAAUCUAUCCGUUUAAUGUACUUAGCAUUCUCCAAUUUCCGCAUCGUCCACACGAAUUUGGCUUACCUCGCCUUUUUUUUAAAUCAGCAGCUUCACGAUAUCUUGUGUCGUCCACUGUGCACUUCUAGUCUGAGCCUUACUUCUAUUCGUCUCUUUUCCUUUCGUUCUCGUUGCAUCUUGAGCGCGAAGUUUCCCUUCCUAAGGUGUUGCACUUCGUUCUUGUGUGGCCUUCUCGCCAAGGGUCUUGCCGCCUUUCGUUCUAUCAUGGCUCUUGUAAUCUUUAGCCUUGCACCUUGCACUCUCUGUCGUCCUCCUAAAAUGUGUAUUAGUGUUCUGCAUGCUCUUCUAUGCCGCCUUGCGACUUGAUUCUUAAGGAUCCGGCUUCACCCCUUCAAGUUCGCCUGUCUUCUGUCUUCUCUUGGCUAUUUCGAGCCCUAGGUCUCCCGCUCUCUCCUCAUUUUGUGUUUCGCGGCCUUGAGUCUUGACUCUUGCUGUGUUCAGUUCUGCGCAUUGAAUCCUGCUCUCUUGAGCCUUGCGCGCUUGAGCCUCGCCGUCUUGGAAUGAACUUCUAUC